GAGAGAAACAGGUGUGCGGCUUCCCGAAACGAGCGCGCGCACGCCUUUUCUUUUCUUUUUUCUUUCUUCCCGGUUCGUUCUCCGAGGUGAAGAUUCGCCCUCGUCCUUAAUCAUCCUCUUAGCGGGACAGGGAGAGGAGGGGGGAGGGAGUCCGUUGUCACUUCAUUUCAUUAUAGUUUUAGCUUCGUUUUUAGCAAGCUUCUCUUUUUUUGGAACAAGGGGGAGCCCGGCCGGCUCGCUCGUGAAGAGGAAGAGGAAGCUCAUGGCCACCAAGAAGCCGUGCUCGGAUUUAACAAAAAGGAGUCGAAGUCCGGUCGUGCUCGAGGCCGAGAUGUUUAGUGAAUUUCAGGAGUGGUGCCUCCGGACUUACGGCGACUCGGGCAAAACCAAGACAGUCACACGGAGGAAAUACAACAAAAUCAUGCAGACGCUGUUGCAGAAUGAAGAGGCGGACGGUGUGUACGUGGACAACAGCCACAUCAACGCCAAAUUCAAAUUCUGGGUGAAAUCCAAAGGGUUCCAGGUCGGGAGCAACGUCCUGGGCGAGCACAACCAGAAAGGCACUCCAGGGAAGCCCGUGCUCUACGUUCCUGUCAAAUCAACGUGCUCUGAUGGCGGACAGUCGCAGGACAGUUCUCUGAAGCGCGUCGCAGUCGUGGAGGAUUUCUUCGACAUCAUCUAUGCCAUGCAUGUGGAGAUGGGCGCAGAUCCAGGAAGAGCACCCAAACAUGCUGGCCAGAAAAAGACCUACAAAGCGAUUGCAGAGACAUACGCUUUCCUUCCCCGCGAGGCUGUGACCCGCUUCCUGAUGAGCUGUGGGGAAUGCCAGAAGAGGAUGCACAUCAACCCCAGCACUGCAGAGUUCAAAGAAAAUGACCGACCCACCUCACUGGUCCCAGACCUCAUUGACUACAACAUGCCUCUGACUGCCACCUAUUUGAAGCAGAUGAAACUGCAGUGCAUGAAUACCAACGAACAGGAUGAGAGUUCGGUGAGUAGUGAAGACCUGGAUAUGGCUGAGCCAGCAUGGGGCUCUACUGAGCGCGCUCCAGCAGCAGCAGCGCCCAGCGGCACUCCUGAGCCACGACCAGAGAGGAAGGCCACACCCCCACAACCUAGCAUCAAAGAGGAGGAAGAUGACUCCUCCUCUGAGAGUGCCAGCACUAAUGGGCUCCCCUCCCUCGCACCUCCCACCACUGCUGCUGUGGUCACUGGGGGCGUUUCUGUGACAGAUGGCAUGAUUCCAUAUGAAGAGGUGAAUAGCAAUGGAACCACAGCACCACUGGACUUCAGCACCACCUCAUCCUCUUCAUCCUCAGAGGAAGGCCAGCAGCCCCUCAACCUGAGUGAUAGGCUGUUGCCGGGGGUUACUCCCCCACUUGCACCAUACCCUGCUGACCCCAGCAGGAAAUACACAAUCAAAACAGAAUAUGGCAACAAGUCUCCUCAGUACAGCUCAGGAAGCUAUGACUCGGUAAAGACUGAAGUGAGCAUGUGUACCGAAGACUUGAAUACAGCACGCACUCAGGUCAUGGAUGAUGACGAUGAUGAUCAUGAUGAUCACGACGACAGUGACAAGAUUAAUGACACAGAAGGUCUAGACCCAGAGAGGCUCAAAGCUUUCAAUAUGUUUGUACGGUUGUUUGUGGAUGAGAAUCUGGACCGGAUGGUGCCCAUUUCCAAGCAACCAAAGGAGAAGAUCCAGGCCAUCAUUGAGUCCUGCAGUCGCCAGUUUCCAGAGUUCCAGGAGCGAGCUCGUAAACGCAUUCGCACCUACCUCAAAUCCUGCAGACGCAUGAAGAAAGGAGGCUUUGAGACACGGCCCACCCCGCCACACCUCACCUCUGCCAUGGCUGAGAACAUCCUGGCAGCCGCCUGUGAGAGCGAGACACGCAAUGCUGCCAAGAGAAUGCGCCUUGACAUAUACCAGAAUCACGACGAGCCAGUUAUUGCAGACAAACCCAACUCCAGAGACCCAGCCGCUGUGGCCCACUCAGGCUUCUCAUUGGCUGCCUCAGCCUACUCCCAGGACCAGCUGUACACCAAUGGGGGGCUCAAUUACAGUUUCCGUGGUUACGGAGCCCUAGGCAACAGCCUGCAAAGCAGUGCAACAGCACAGAGCAAUGGUCCCACUGACUUGAGUAUGAAGUCUGUGGGCUCCAGCUCCUCCUCUUCAAGCUCUAAUAGUCACGGUCAGGGCGGUGGAGGCGGAGGAGCGUCGGCUCAGCUCAGCCCUCCUGAAGUCACGGCAGUGCGGCAGCUCAUUGCCGGCUAUCGUGAGUCUGCCGCCUUCCUGCUUCGCUCAGCCGAUGAGCUUGAAAACCUCAUUCUACAGCAGAACUGAAACUCCACACACGGUCGCAAACACAGACACACGCACACAUGCAUAUGCUCUUACAUACAGAUAUACACUCACAAUACGUGAUCAGAUGUGCACAGUUAGCAGCAUACAUGAAUUGGGAUAUGCACACAGCACAUUAAAACGUAUAUGUAGCUACAUGGCCACAAGCAGAUGCACAGAUGUACUACAAAUACACACACACACACACACACACACAUGCAUGCAAAGAGUCCCCUUUCUUUAUAGAGCUACCUAUUGCAUUCUUCAUGAUAGCCUUAUUGUCAUCAUAGUGUCUUUGCCCUAUUCCCUUUGCCCUCAAUUAGAUUUGUAACAGGGCACAACUCUCUGUACAAGGCUUCGUUAAACUACUGUUCUCUUAAUGCCAAAGGCCAUGAUCUGAGAAGGCCUGAUCUGUGAGGCUGUGCAGUUACAUGACCAACACAGGUUUGACUUUAAAAUGAUGUCACUGUACAGAGCACAAUCUAUGAUGCAAAAGCCAUCCGAUGGCUGACUAGUGACAAACACUGCAGCACUUGUGGGAAAUAGGUUUAUGUGAUUCUACACAAUCAGUUUAGUAUGACCCAGUAUUGCGAGUGUGACUGGAGCAGACAGAUUAUGUCAUUUCCAAGGCAUCAUAUUUGGAUCAUUACCAUCCAACAGUCACUGACCAUUAUUUUCACAGCUGGAGUGUUUAUAGGGUGUGGGAACUUUUGCAGCCAUACAGAGUGUUGCAGCAUAGGUGUGCAGUUGAUGCAUUGAUGUGUAAUUUUAAUUUAAUGAAAAUGAAAGGAAUAAGGGACUAAUAUAGGCACAAAUGGACCAUUCUCCUCAAAUUUAUAGUGCUCAUUGGUAAGCCAAAUCUUUUUUGGUUUCUUGUUCCAAUAUGCUCUCGUUCAGCUAUGCGACAAUUACAAACUGGGUCGAAUGACUUGAGAACCAGCCAUACCAAAAGAUAGAGCACAAACCAUCUCUCUGGUUUUGCCCAGCCAGAAUACAAAAAGAAUGUGCAGUGAAAAUGCACUGUCUGCAAUUUCAAGCCCUAGUUAGAUUCUUAAAACGUUCAACUGGGGUGUAUUUUGCAUAACAGGCUACAUUACACUCCAGUGUCAUGUGGGCCAGACCAAAAAAAAAAUCAGUAGACCGGUAACAAAUCAGUAAGUCCUCUUAAAUGUGUUCAUUUGUCUGCAAUUGUAUAAGUUGCAGAUGAAUUGAACAUGAAUCACAUACAAAAUAGAACAGUGCAAUUCAUUACUGAAAAAAAUUCCAAAUGUUGACUUUACAUACAGACUAUUAUAUCCAUAACUAUUUAUCCCCCUUUCACAUAUUGUAGUGAAGAAUUCCUUAUAAUUCACGUUUUAAAAUGUUUCUUCAUUUCGUCCCCAAUUUGGUCAUCUGCCAAUACCGAGCUGCCAGCCAGCUCUCCCUAUCAUAUAACAAAGACAUUUAAAGGCAGCCAACUGCAUCUUUUCGAACUGCUGCUACUCAGAGCGUAUGGGAUUCAUACUCGCAACCUCCUAACUAUCAUUAGCACAUUUUUGUAAUAUUUUUUUCCCUAGUGUAAUAACAAGGACUAUCUCUGUGUUUCACAUUUCAAUUCAAUUAUAGACCAUGAGACAGUUAUGAACAUGAAUUCUAAAUUGCUGGACCAUGCUUUUAUUGGCCCAAUCCCAGCCCUCAGGCCAAUAUACAUAUUGGCUAUAUAUAUACAUCACCCUUGCUUUAAGUGAUUUAUCUGGGGAGAUAUCUAAUAUUUGAUUGAUGCUACUGAGGUUGGGAAUAAGGUGCAAUGUAUAUGAUAAUAUUUUUAGUGUGUUGUCUGAAAAUUUAAUAUAGACACACUUUUUAGGACAUAGUUCCAUUCUUUACAUACAUACACUUUUCUCAUAUAUAAAGAAACAUACAAACAAAGGCUCUAUUCAACAAUUUGAUUUAUGUUGAGUGCUACAGAUGUUUAAAUUCUGUCAAAUGGGCAUGUCAGACUGUUGGACAUUAUGCAAAUGAAGCUGCGCUGAGAUACUUAAAACCCCACUCUUAACCCUUCCUCCACACCCCAUUGCCUUUGCAACCCUUUAUCCUCAGCACUGCAAUGACUUCUGGGAAACACACUCACAGAAAAAAAACAAACAAAAAAAAGAUAUAAGACGAAGGACUGCAUUUCCCAUGCUGCAUUGCAAACAAUUUUUUUUUUUUAUGUUGUGAAUGCUGCUCUUGUUUUCUAACCUCAUGACUAAGUCACUUUCAUACCGCACGGGGACCAAUCAAAAUCAUCAGAGGGACUUGUUUAUGUACAUAUGCAUACAUGUUUAAGCGAAGGGACCUAAUUAUCAGUUGAAAUAGGCCAAAGCUUAAAAAAAACCCUCCAUACUACUUAUGUCAGAAUUUAUGUGAUGUCAGUCUUACCAGAUAAUGGUUUCUGAUGGGCUGGACACCUCAGUGAUUUUCAGAUUAAUUAGAGGUGUAACACUUACAUCUCCUAUUCCUGUCAUGGAAAUUCAGCUGAAUAUGAUGCAGUGCACAGAGCUAUUUUACACUGCACGCUAUGACUCUCAGCUCCCUUUUGCUUGUCUCACGCCCCCAUGUUAAUUUCAAACAUGUCACCAAAUUCAGGCCUCGCACAAAAAGACACUGUAUAAAAAAAAAAAAAAGCAAAAGACAAUCCUGGAGAAGUUUAAACAGUGUAAGCUUAUGUGAGCUGUGUGUCUCAAGCCUUCAUGUGAUAUAGCAACCUUUCAAGUGUUGUAGCCAUAACCACAAAAUUAUAAUGAACCAGAAAAACAAUUCCUACUGGGGGUGUUAGGUAAAGGGAGCAAUGCAUUUCCACUAGUUAACUGUACCCACUUACUUUAAUCUAAUGUUUGUGUGUAUUUUAUAUUCUUUUAUAUAUUUGUCAUUACUUUAUAAGUCUGCAGGGUUUAUAAAGUUCUUUAUGUAUGCUUCUAAAGGGAACUGUCUCCUUGGAUAAAAACAAAUCUGAGUAUAACAAAAAACUUAAAUAUACCAGAGAAUAAUCUGAUAAAGGCUAGACAGGAAUCAUCAUUUGGGUUCACAUCAGAUUACAUCUUAAAUUAAAUUAACCUGGAAUAUUGUAGCACUUUAUGGCUUGGUUAAUUUAGUAAAUGUCUUAAAUCUGGAAUCAUAAGAAAUGAUAAAAAAAAAAACGUUAUACGUUACUAUACCUGGGUUUAGAGUUAUUUAUUUAUUUAUUCAUUUGAUGAACAUUUUAUUUAACAAAAUUAUUUGAAAGACACACUUGUCUUGGUGAGAUCUGCAUCCUAACAGAAAAUGGACUCAGUAUAUUGGCGUUCUAUCGUCAGAUACUGUGAGGAACGAUUUGGCGACGGGAAUCUGUCCGAUUUCCCAUGAGUACUUUAAAAAAAAAAAGGAGUGUAAGUUAAGGAGUGGUUCAAACACAUAAUGGUAUGUCCUCUUGCUCUACAUUAUAUUUUUGUUAUGUUUUCUUUAGUCAGGUUUCAUGUAUUUAUGUUCAGAUUUGUUCGAAAAACAAAGAGGUCUGAGAGCUGUGUAAUGCUUCACAAGGAAAAAUGCAAGAUACACAUAUAUAUACACAAACAUGCUCACAAACACACAUUGGAAAAUAAAUAUUUGGAGGUAAAAAAAAAAAAAAAGAAAGAAAGAAAGAAAUGCUAUGACUUAUUUUUUUAUAAGUGCAGCAAAGGUCUGCAAUCAAAAUGUGGUAACAACCAUCGCCUGUGUUCUUUUCAUUUGUGGUGCUUUGUAAGAUUAUUGUUAUUGUUAUUACUAUGAUUAUUGUAUUUGAUUUGUUUCUACUCCUGUACCUGCCUGGAAACUGUAGGCUGAUGCCUGGUUUCUCUUUGUAUACCAAUGUGAAGCUUUGUAUUAUUUCUUUCUGGUUCUGACUCAGUGGAAGUGUGUGAUGUUUACAUGUACAGAGGAUUAGAUUCUUUUUGUUGUUGGUUUAUUUUUUUCUUUCUUGUUUCUUUUUUAUUUCUUUUCUUUUUUUUGUUGAAGACCCACAUAUCCAGCCUCAGUUUGUGACUUCAAUUCGUUUCCUUAAUCUUGUGCAUGGAGGGGCAAUGUUAUGUUAGAAAGUUAUAGAGACUUGGUUAAACCACUGUUAAGGUCCUUGCACACUUAUAAUGCAUAAAGUGAAUAUUUGUGACUGUCAUUUGUCCACAGUGGUUCAUGUGAGUGUCCCAGAACAUGAGAAAACUCUCAUUGUGCUUUUAUUCCUCAGACAUGAGUCUAGUACAACUGUUAUAGAAGCCUGUUUUCAUUUGCAGGUGUGUGUUACCUCUCUGUUAAACACUGUUCAGUUUUUGCACUUGAGAAGUGUGUUACUUCCUCAGCAUUAGUUCAGAAUGAAUCAGGGUUGGGAUCCAUGUGCAAGGGCCUUGAGAGGCAACAUUUCAGUCAUUGAUUGUGGAUGAAGGUGCUGGAUCAGAAAAAAAAGCAGAGAGAGAGAGAGAGAGAGAGCUUCUUAUCAGCUCAAAGUGCAACACCAGUUGUCCUUCUCAUAAUACUACACAAUGGACCUGUUUGGUUAAUGAGCUUCAAAUGAUUUUUAUUACUACUUUCACACACAAAACUUGAAACAAAUAUUUUACAAGUAAAGCCAGUGAGCUAAGGGAAAGCGUAGCCUCCCUCAAACUGGUCCGGUUAAUUAAAAAUUUCCAAUGUGAUUAAGGCCUGCUAUCUUUGAAUUUGCACUUUGACCUUUUGUAGAAGCUUCUCAGUGAUUUUAAAAGCCAUUCCCCUCAUGUUGUUUGCCCAUAUGGGGAACAUAGGAACCUCAGGAACUGUUGAAUCUCUGAGUUUGUGUGUGUGUGUGUGUGUGUGUUUUUUUUUUAAUCCAGGCCAAUAUGUCCUGACUGACCAGUCCUCAUGCUCUCUCUCAGCUACCACAUCAUUUAUAUCAAAUUUGCUAUAUAUCCUUUUUUAUAUUUAUUAUUGUGAUUUAAAAGUGAAUCUUCUUUUCAGUACAUGUGGCUGAAUAUUUGAAUUCUUUAGAAAAGUGUUGAUACAUAUAAAUAUAUAUCUGAAUAUAUGUGAAGCAACUAAAAGAUGGAAAACAUGGCAGGUAAUUCCAUUUAUGUUUGUUUCAUGCAAAAAAAAAAAAAAAAGAAAAAAAAAACACGAAGAGGUAGAAAAAAAAAUGACUCGGGUGGGAGAGUUUCCCACCUUUUACAUAUCACUUUGAUGAGAGACUCAUUAUUGUCUGAAAAAGACUCUUUUUACAUUUUCAAUGUGGUGUCGUCUGAAAAACUGUCGGGUUUUCCACUUGCUGCAAAGUUGCUAGUUUCUUUCCUCCAGAGGUGUGUGUCACUGAGUUGCUGAAUAAAACAGUGAGCUGCAUUGUGGUCUAGACUAUUUUUUUAUACUCAUAUGCACCAUUAGUUCCCAGUUAUGUAUAUAUAUGUAUAUCAUAUAUAUACACUACCAGUCAAAAGUUUGGACACACCUUUUAAUUCAGUGUUUUUUGUUUAGGGAUUUAUUUUCUACAUUCUAGAACAAUACUGGAGAUUUCAAAACUAUGAAAUAACACACAUGGACUUAAGUAAUCCAUAUGUAAUGACAACAAAAAACAGUCAGUUGUUAUUUUAAGACACGAAGGUCAGGUGUUCUGGAAUAGUUCUUGCAAGAACAGUAUUGUCAAGUGCAUUUGCAAAACCCAUCAAGCACCA